AUGGGCAAGUUACUGGCGCCAACUUGCGCGCCAGCUUUAAAUUCCCCGCCGGGCGCCUGGGCGCGCUCGCGUCCUUGCGCCUCGCCUUCUACACGGGCCGCCGGUAAUUAUAUUUGCAGCUCCGUGCCACUUCUGGACGGACCGGGCUUUCCAAUUAACGGUGAAAAAUGUCAGUUGGCUCAGGUGAAGAUCUGGUUCCAGAACCGGCGCACCAAGUGGAAGAAGCAGGACAAUAUCAGCAACGCGGAGGCCGCCGAGCACAAGAACCAGGCGACGGGCAAGCCAGAGGCCGGCGCCGCCAAGCCCAAGGAGGGCGCGCCCGCCAAGCCGGCGCAGCCGGGGGCCAAGGCGGCGCCGUUGGCUGCGCUGCCCGGCGCCAAGCUGGGGGCGGGGGGCGGCGCCGCGCCAGCUCCCGCGCCGUCCACCGGAGGCGGGGGGCCCGCGGCAGCUCCAGCGUCGCUACCGUCUCCCAGCAGCGGGGAGGACCACUCCAACGCGUCCGUCUUCACGGCCGGCGACGGCUCCGCCUCCGAGUCGUGCUUCGGCGACCCCACGCAGCCGCCGCCCCCGCCGCCACCGCACCACGUGCUGACGGUGAGCGUGCAGGACAGCAGCCGGUCGCCCACCGUGUCGCCGCCCAAGACGCCGGCGCUGGCGCCGACGCCGCCUUCCGUCGCCGCCCCCGUGCCCAUGGUGGUGGAUCCCCUGCCGGCGCCGACGCCCCCGACGCCGACGCCCGCCCCUGCCGCCGUCUCGACGCCGCCCCUCGCCGUGCAGAUGCAGAUGUCCGCUCCGCUGGCGCAGCCCGAGCUGAUGGAGGCGCCGCGGCCCGUGUCGCCCUCCAGCUAA